GUUCCCCUUAUUUAAAAGUCUAUCGCUUUGUCUUCAAGUGCAAUUGAAUCGCUGUUCUAAGCCAUUAGCUUCAACCGAAACCUCUCCUCUCCUCUUGUCUUCCAUUCUCUUUGAACUCUCUCUUGUUCUUCACUGAUUGCCUAUUGCUUACCAUCCUUUCGUUCUGGUUACUUUCAGUUUCGUUCUCUCUUGCGGUCUUGCCCCUUGCUUGAGCUGAAGGUUUCGUACACUCUUUCUCAACCCAAUUAAACAAAACAAUUACCAAUUCGAACUCAUCCCUCACGUCUCUGAAGUCCGAACAAGAGCCAGAAAAAUGGCGUCUUUCGCUCCAAUCUCUCAAUCCCAGUCUCUAUUUAACAAGCCCCGAGCUGGGUUGAUUCUGCCUUCCCGCUCUGCUGCUGUUUCCCAUCUCCAAUCAUCUGGGUUUGUCUCCAGAACGGCGUCAGUCCAAUUUCGAGUCCCUGCUUCCAAGACGUUCGAUAAAAUGCCCCAGAGAGCUGUUGUGGUGGCGGCUACGACUGCUGAGAAGGCGCAGAAGAGGUACCCUGGCGAGGCGAAGGGGUUUGUGGAGGAGAUGAGGUUCGUGGCGAUGAAGCUGCACACGAGGGAGCAGGCGAAAGAAGGGGAAAAAGAGGUUAAGAAGCCUGAAGAGCAGGCCAUCCCUAAAUGGGAGCCUACGGUUGAUGGGUACUUGAGGUUUUUAGUUGAUAGCAAGUUGGUUUACGAUACUCUUGAAGCAAUCGUUGAGAGCGCGCCUCAUUCUAUCUAUGCUGAGUUUAAGAACACGGGGUUGGAAAGGUCUGGAAAUUUGGCUAAAGAUCUGGAAUGGUUCAAAGAGCAAGGCUACACCAUUCCUGAACCUUCUUCUCCUGGAGUUACUUAUGCCGAAUAUCUGAAGGAACUGGCAGAUAAGGAUCCUCAGGCAUUCAUUUGCCACUUCUACAACAUAUACUUUGCCCACUCCGCUGGUGGUCGCAUGAUUGGAAGGAAGGUGGCUGAAAAGAUACUCAAUAAUAAAGAGUUGGAAUUCUACAAAUGGGAGGGGGAUCUUUCGCAAAUUCUGCAGAAUGUCAGGGACAAGUUGAAUAAAGUCGCGGAGAACUGGACCAGAGAAGAGAAGAACCAUUGUUUAGAAGAAACAGAGAAGUCAUUCAAGCAUUCAGGGGAGAUCCUCCGUUUAGUACUGUCAUAAGCGAACUGUGGUAGUGAAUACAUUCGGUACGGCUGAAGCCCUUGUCUAUCGAUGUCUAUACUGCAAAACCUAGCUUAUCUUUACUUUACUUCCCCACUUGAAAGGAAACAUGAAAGAAAAAUGCUGUAACUUGAUUCAAGGGCAUUAAGAAGAAAGAAAGAAAUUUGUGAAUAUGAUCUCUACCUAAGCAAUAUAUAUGUCUGCC